AUGGUCGCAGGUCUCCCUGCGGCCCACAGUGUGGACGCGGGGUUCCCUGCGGCCCACGUUGUGGACGUGGGGUUCCCUGCGGCCCACAUUGUGGUCGCAGGUAGACUGCGAGCCACAAUAGCGCCGCGGGGGAGGGGCGGGAAACAUGGAAGAGGAGGCGACAAGGAGAGAAGGGCAAGGAGAAGCAUCCAGCAGGAAACUGUAAUUUCCUUUUGUGACCCUAAAUCCAACCUUCGGUGGAUAGAUCAGGCCCUAAUUAUCAGGAAGGCGAGAUUCUACAAGUACUUGCAUACAUACUUCUCAGUGCACAUCGCAUAUAUCAAGUGUGAGACGAUUCUUCAGCCUGGGCUUAACUGUUUUGUUCGUGUUUGGAAGCAUCCUCGCAAAGCAAGACAUAAACCACGUUCUUUUUCCAAAUUAGCUAAUGCUGUUGUGUAUACCUGCAAUUUUUGUUCACACAAAAAUAUAAAACCUGGCACCCCUGAAGGUUACCUCAAAAAAAGAAAAGCUCAAAAAGCUCUUAAUGCAAUCCAAUCAACUCCCAUAGAGAAGAACUGUUUUAAGAAGGCAGACAGGAGAAAUGUCAUGAGUUCUAUGUCGAUAUCUAGUCCUUCCCCUGGGAGCACUCCCAUUACACCAACUUCAGCAAAUCUUUCGAGUACAAAGAAGAGGAAACGGAAAGCUUGGUCAACACUCCAGGAGCUUACAAAUAGCAACCAAAAAUCACCAUCCUUCAGCAAUCUGUGUGCCUUGAAAAUUCAUUCUUUCAGCUUGUGAGGUUACAGGGAUAUAGCAUUGCAGAUAAAAAAUGAUUUGUGUAUUACCAUUGGAAAUUUGGAAAUGUUUUCAUAAAUGCCUGUUGGUGCUUACCUUUUUGUUUCUCGUGGCUUCAAAUAUCAAGAAUUAGUGGGGUAUAUAUAGACAAAACUGAAACCUUUAAAUCGUCUUAUAUUGCAGAAUUUUGAAUGUCCUCUCUUCACAUAAAGAUAGGUUUCAAUUCAAAUGACUGAAAUGAGUACUGAAGCACGCAUUGCUUCAAAUCAUGAGAUAUUGUUUUAAAACAACAAAGAAGCAUCUUAGAGGUAUUCAUUCAUAUUGAAAGUUUAUUUGAAGAAUGAAAGGCUUUUAUGAAAUUUUAGUUUCAUUUGAAAUGAAAUAUGAACAUGUUUAGUAAACAUGCAUUUGCAAGAUCUCUAUAAGUUGGAUCUCUAUCAUGAGCGGAAGAGAUAAACAUCAAACAUGUAUUAAAGAAAACCAUGACUUCAUGGCCGCAACACUUUUAGAAAGAUUUGUAAAGUUGAAAUUCAUGUCUGCUCUUUCAUUAUUAACAAGAAAGAAACACUCACCAAUUUGAACACCA